UCCGGUGUGCAUGUUAGGGUUGCUGUGUCACUCAGUGCGAUCGGCGCGCCCCUUCCCUCGCGGUCCUUCCGCACCGGUUGACGGGCUCUUCCGGUCGCCCGCGCCCCUCACCUGCAGGCGGGUCUCGGGCCGCAGCCUGGCGCACGCCGGCUCGGGCGUGUGGACGAGUCUCGUGCCGUGCCCGGGAGCCGGGCUCCGGACCCACGCUGGCCAUGGCGAGCGGCACGGCCAGAUACCGGCUGAGCUGCUCGCUCCUGGGCCAUGAACUGGACGUGAGGGGCCUGGUGUGCUGCCUGUACCCGCCGGGGGCCUUUGUGUCUGUGUCCCGCGAUCGCACCACCCGCCUCUGGGCCCCGGACAGUCCUAACAGGGGCUUUACAGAGAUGCACUGUAUGAGUGGCCACUCUAAUUUUGUAUCUUGUGUGUGCAUCAUACCAUCAAGUGACAUGCAUCCUCAUGGACUAAUUGCCACUGGAGGAAAUGACCACAAUAUAUGCAUUUUCUCAUUGGACAGUCCGGCGCCACUUUAUAUUUUAAAAGGUCACAAAGAUACUGUUUGUAGUCUUUCAUCUGGAAAAUUUGGGACAUUACUUAGUGGCUCAUGGGACACCACUGCUAAAGUCUGGCUGAACGACAAAUGCAUGAUGACGUUACAGGGCCAUGCAGCUGCAGUGUGGGCAGUGAAGAUUUUACCUGAACAGGGCUUAAUGUUGACUGGCUCAGCAGACAAGACAAUUAAACUGUGGAAGGCCGGAAGAUGUGAGAGGACUUUCUUAGGGCAUGAAGACUGUGUAAGAGGCUUGGCAAUUUUGAGUGAAACAGAGUUUCUUUCCUGUGCAAAUGAUGCUAGUAUUCGAAGGUGGCAGAUUACUGGAGAAUGUCUUGAAGUCUACUAUGGACAUACAAAUUAUAUUUAUAGUAUAUCUGUCUUUCCAAAUUGUAGAGAUUUUGUGACAACCGCAGAAGACAGAUCUCUGAGAAUAUGGAAACGUGGGGAAUGUGCCCAGACAAUCCGACUUCCAGCUCAGUCUGUGUGGUGCUGCUGCGUGCUGGGCAAUGGUGACAUUGUGGUUGGUGCGAGUGAUGGUAUUAUUAGAGUGUUUACAGAAUCAGAGGCUCGGACAGCAAGUGCUGAGGAAAUCAAGGCUUUUGAGAGAGAGCUCUCUCAGGCAACUAUCGAUUCCAAAACUGGUGACUUAGGGGACAUUAAUGCUGAGCAGCUUCCUGGGAGGGAACAUCUGAAUGAACCAGGUACUAGAGAAGGACAGACUCGUCUAAUCCGAGAUGGAGAGAGAGUUGAAGCUUAUCAGUGGAGUAUUAGUGACGGGAGGUGGAUAAAAAUUGGUGAUGUUGUUGGCUCAUCUGGUGCAAAUCAGCAGACAUCUGGAAAAGUUUUAUAUGAAGGGAAAGAAUAUGAUUAUGUUUUCUCAAUUGAUGUCAAUGAAGGUGGACCAUCAUAUAAAUUACCAUAUAAUGUUAGUGAUGAUCCCUGGCUAGCUGCAUACAACUUCUUGCAGAAAAAUGAUUUGAAUCCCAUGUUUCUGGAUCAGGUGGCUAAAUUUAUUAUUGAUAACACAAAAGGUCAGACACUGGGACUUGGGAAUACCAGUUUUUCCGACCCAUUUACAGGAGGUGGUCGCUAUGUUCCAGGUACCUCAGGACCUUCCAACACAGUGCAGGCAACAGAUCCUUUCACAGGUGCUGGCCGUUACAUGCCAGGUUCUGCAGGUGUGGGCAGCACCAUGGCUGGAGUAGAUCCGUUUACAGGGAGUAGUGCCUACCGAUCAGCUUCAUCGAAAACAGUGAAUAUUUAUUUCCCCAAAAAAGAAGCUCUUACCUUUGACCAAGCAAACCCUACACAAAUAUUAGGAAAACUGAAGGAACUAAAUGGAACUGCUCCUGAGGAGAAGAAGCUAACUGAAGAUGACCUGGUACUUCUUGAAAAGAUACUGUCCUUGAUCUGUAGUAACUCUUCAGAAAAACCAACAGCCCAGCAGCUUCACAGUUUGUGGAAAGCUAUCAACUGGCCUGAAGACAUUGUUUUUCCUGCACUUGACAUUCUUCGGCUAUCAAUUAAACAUCCCAGUGUAAAUGAGAAUUUCUGCAAUGAAAAAGAAGGAGACCAGUUCAGCAACCAUCUUAUCAACCUUCUGAAUCCCAAAGGAAAGCCAGCAAACCAGCUGCUUGCUCUUAGGACUUUUUGCAAUUGCUUUGUUAGUCAGGCAGGACAAAAACUCAUGAUGUCCCAGAGGGAGUCACUGAUGUCACAUGCAAUAGAACUGAAAUCAGGGAGCAAUAAGAACAUUCAUAUUGCUCUGGCUACAUUGACCUUGAACUAUUCUGUUUGUUUCCAUAAAGACCAUAACAUUGAAGGGAAAGCUCAAUGCUUAUCAGUAAUUAGCACAAUCUUGGAAGUUGUACAAGACCUAGAAGCCACUUUUAGACUACUUGUGGCUCUUGGGACACUUAUCAGUGAUGAUUCAAAUGCUAUUCAAUUAGCCAAGUCUUUAGGUGUUGAUUCCCAAAUUAAAAAGUAUGCCUCCGUAUCAGAGCCAGCUAAAGUAAGUGAAUGCUGUAGACUUAUCUUAAAUUUGCUGUAGCAGUGAGGAAUGGAAGCUGAGAUUUUAAACUGAUAAAUGGGGGUAAUUUUUUUUUUUUUUCACAUUUUACAUGACCGAUUGCAGAUGUUUUAAAGAAAACUGUGGAUUAAGUUCAGAUCUUGUAAAGUUGUGUUGAGGAGAAAUAAAUUAUAAAUAAAGGUUUUGCACUGAUGGUUGUGAGAUUUUCCUGUGUAAUGGUGUAGAUUUUCAAGGGUAUAGAAUCAUUAAAACUAUAAUCAGUAAAAACAGCACAAUUACAAUGGUAUUUUCUUCCUUACCUUAAUUACUCAGGAGAACACAGAGGCUUUUAUUUAUAUAACCUGCUUCUAUCUCUGUAUGACAUCUUGUUUAGUUGACUGUUCUCUUUUAUAUUUUAGCUUUGCCACUUUCACUGUUGAAUUCUUUCAAUGGCACGGAUAUAUUUCAAGGUCUUUUAGGAUUUACUUGAAAAAAAAUUAGAGUUGGCUAUAAAUUGUAAAAAAUAUACAAUAAUUGAAAAAUAUACAAUAAUUUCUUGAGCCAUUUGUAAAUAGAAAGUAUCAUAUUUCAUGGUUCAUUUUUGCCUAAAGAAAGUAAAUUAGUAUAUUACAUUUCAAUUCAGACAACUGAGGCCUUAAAUGAUUAUGGGUUAGAAUUUUCUUUCACUGUAUGAGGUAACUUCAUUUUUCAUUCUUUUGAUAUCUGAUUGUUUUUGGUUAUUCUUCUUCACAAGUUAGAUCAUUUCUUUUGCCCUUCACCAUUUGAAGUAAUAUAAUUUUCAUUUCAGUUUUGAUAUGAUUGUAUACUUUUUGAUCAUUACUUCAAAGAGAAUUUGGAUUUUUUUUUUUUUUUUUUUACUUUUACUAGGCAAUUGUACAAAGAAUAUAUAUAUCAGACUUUAAAGUCAAGAACCUAUUGUGUGAAAUUAGUAUUUUUAGCCCGAAGAAUGGUCCAGGCACCAAAUUAUAUAUAUUGGCAUUUAAUUCUCAAAUCAGCUUUCUUUGAAAGGUGAAAGCCGGGCACAGUGGCACAUGCCUGUAAUCCCAGUACUUGGGGAGGCAGAGGCAGGCGGAUCUCUGUGAGUUUGAGGCCAGCCCGGUCUACAGAGGGAAUCCAGACAGCCAGGGGUACACAGAGAAACCCUCUCUAGAAAAACAAAACAACAACAAAAAAGGUGGCAAUUAUUCUUCUGUUUUCAAAAGGAAAGUUAAUAGAAUAAGAUUAUAAUUGGAGGGAAAAAGUGAAGGCAAGAGUAUGCCAUGCCUUCUGCACAAAGCACUUACCAUGAUGUAGCUUCCUAGAAAGUCACUGAUUUGUUUCUGAAUAUCCUAGCAACUAAAGCAAAGGAGGAACUGUUCAGUGAUUGAACAAUUCAUUAUGUUUCUAACAAUCACCUCCCCCCCCCUUUUUUUUUUUUUUUUUUGUUUCUCAUGACAGGGCUACUCUGUGUAGCUCUGGAUGUCCUGGAACUUACUCUGUAGACCAGGCUAUCCUUGAACUCAGAAACCCACCUGCCUCUCUGCAUUCUAGGAUUAAAGCUACCACACCCAGCUUAAUCUUUUUUUUUUUAAUAUUUAUUUAUUUUUAUGUAUAUGAAUGCUCUGUUUUCACACACACCAGAAUAGGGAAUCAGAUUCCAUUACAGAUGGUCGUGAGCUACAAUGUGGUUGCUGGGAAUUGAACUCAGGACCUCUGGAAGAGCAGUCAGUGCUCUUAACCUCUGAGCCAUCUCUCCAGCCCCCUCAAUCUCUUCUCUUAAGAAUUGCAUUUCUCUUGGUUUAUGUGUGUGCUUUUGGUUUUAUAUGUUUUGUGGUAAUAGGGAUCAAACUUAGGUUCAUGUUGAGGAAGUUCUACUCACUGGAUUACAUUCCCAGCUCCAGUCCUUCUAUUUUUAUGAGGAAAGAAAUGGAUUUACAAGAACUUUGCCUAGAAGAGUGAGCAAUGUUCUCAACAUUGACAUUAUGGAGAACCAUGGUUUCCUGACUUAAUGCUAUAUUGUGUCUAAGAAGGACAAAUUUCCUUCCAGUAAGGGGAAGAAGAUUCUGACUGUUUAGAUUAAUCCAGGGAAGAACUUGUAAGAAUAUAAAAAAGGAGUGAGGAAAUGUAAAUAGGAGAUGUGUACCUUACUAAGUACUAAAGUCCAACUUCUUGUUUCUAACUGAACUUUAAACCUUAUGUUGCUGCUUCAUUUAUGUAUGUACUCAUGCUUUACUUUUGUUAAAUUGGGAUUUAAAUUGUUAUAUCAAAUUUAAAUGGUAAAACAAAUCAUCCUGGUUCCAUUACAAUAUGCUGCUUGUUAAUACAUCCAGUCUAGCAUGGAAUUUAAGUACAGUUUAUGUCAUUUUGAAAGCUGGGUGGUUCUCUUUGAGAAAAGAUUGGAUGUAGUCUUAUUUAAAACAUGAGUUCACUCUUCAGAAUAUAAGAGGUGGCAAAUUGUGAAUACCUUGUUUCUUAUCACUGUCUUUUUUAUAACAGCUUUGAUUUGUACAGUUUAACCAAAAAAAAUAAUCUCACUUGAAGAACCUGUUUAAUAGUGGUUUAAAGAUUUUGUUUUUCAUUAAACUUUUUUUAUAGAUCUCUUAAUGUUUUCUUGAAUAUAAAAGAAAUAAACAUUCAUUUAGUAAAACA